GACGAACAAAUUUUAGUUAUCUUGAAACCUUAAACAAUUUUUUAACAGAACUAAAUUGCCAAGCGUACGAAAAAUUAACACUGAAACUUUCGAUUUUAUUUUUUAUAGACUCCUCUCUCGGUAGAUUGGCAUUUCGCAUGCUCUAAUCGUGCCGUAACCCAAAAUUUUCAAGUGCUGCCAGUUUUAGACUGUGGAUAUUUUUGAGAUACCCACGCAAUCCAACAACAACAUCUGCAACAACAAGAACACGAGAAAUGCAACCACGUCGUCAGCGCCCUUCCCCUGAUGCACCACAGGCAGCGACUGUAGCGCUGCCCAAGGACAACAGCAGCCAGGAGCAGGACGCGACGCUGGACCAGAUGGAGAGUAGCAGCAGCAGUAGCAGUAGUAGCAGCAAUAGUUGUAACAGCAGUGACUGUGAUAAACCCAGUGAGACGGCAACUAGAGAAUUUCUGGUUUCCCUGCUCGAGUGUCCAGUAUGCUUUGGCUAUAUGAUGCCACCAAUUAUGCAAUGCUCGCGAGGGCAUCUGAUCUGUUCGCAGUGCCGCAACAAGUUGAACGUAUGUCCCGUUUGUCGUGUUCCAAUGAGUAAUAUACGCAAUUUGGCCAUGGAGAAGGUCGGCUCCAAAUUAAUAUUUCCCUGUAAACAUGCCUGCUAUGGCUGUCGUGUUCGUCUAUCCUAUUCGGAUAAGAAGGCCCAUGAGGAGGAUUGCGAAUUUCGACCAUACUUUUGUCCCUAUCCGGAUGAGAAAUGUGUGUGGCAGGGAGCAUUGAAAGAUGUGUAUAAACAUUUUGUAAGCACUCAUCAGAAUGUCAUUACCAUGGAGGGCACCGAUAUUAUCUUUUUGGCCACCAAUGUGAAUCAAGUGGGCGCACUGGACUGGACCAUGAUACAGUCCUGUCAUGGCCGUCAUUUUCUGCUCUCCUUGGAGAAGGUGCAACUUGGCGAGGGCUGUCAACAGUAUUUUGCCGCCUGUCGCAUGAUCGGCACUAUGCGAGAUGCUGCCGAUUUUGACUAUCUCAUUUCAUUGGAAGCCAACAAUCGCACCCUUAAAUGGAAGUCAAAACCACGAUCCAUACGCGAAAGUUUCGUUACUUAUACUAAUGCCGAUUUUUUGGUAUUAAACAAAUCAACAGUGGAGCUCUUCUCGGAGGAUGGUAAUUUGGCGUUAAAUAUCAUUAUCAAAAAGGCCAGCAAUGGUGGUCAGGAUUGAGCAAUUCGACAACUCGCCAACUGGCCAUUGUGUCUGUCCAGGGGGCCAAGUCUGUAUUGGUCCAGUCCAGUCUCCAUAGUGUAUCUAUUCUUUAUGUGCUCUAACAUAUGUAUGAUUACGUCGUAAAUACUUUGUGGCCAGACAUAAACUCAUCUAUUUUGCUUAUCCGUGUGGCAACUGUAAUAGCUCUGAUAACAAAUAUAUCAACAGAUAAAUCAGUUG